UGAAGAGAGGUAACUCAUGGUUGGAUGACAAAAAUAGUACAGAAAAGCUUGUUUAUACUGAGGGCGCUACCGUAUUACGGGUAGCUGGACAAUCGCAAGAAAGCUCUUCGACCGCAAGCAUGGAGACAGUUCCUGCAGACUUCAUUGAUGGAGAUUUUAGCGAGGAAGACGACUCUCAGGACGACGACUGCUGGGGGAAAUUGUUCCCUCUCGGUCAGAGUUUCACAGCAAUCGAGCUUAAGAAAGAUGAAUAUACAUUUGGCAGAGGAGAAAACUGUGAUGUUCCAUUCAGUGCACCAGUUAAGAAACACCAAUAUUUUCAAGCUUACAGCAAAGUGCAUUUUAAGCUGAUCAGGCAAAAAACUAGUACAGGAUUUCACAUUUUUCUUGAGGACACGAGUGGAAAUGGAACUUUCAUAAAUGGAGAAAAAGUUGGUAAAGGGAACAAACAGGUGCUUGGGAACAACGAUGAGGUGUCCUUAGCAGUGAAAAAGAAUAAAGCAUACAUGUUCCUUGACCAAAACGCAAAUGAGGACACCAGUUUACCAAAGGAAAUCAGAGAAAAAUAUACCCUAACAAAAACUCUAGGACGGGGAGCCUGUGGAGAAGUCAAGCUCGCUUUUGCUAAGGGAUCAUGUGAGAGGUUCGCAGUGAAGAUAAUAUCAAAAAAGAAAUUCUCCAUCGGCGGCAAAUCACAAGUUAAUUUAAGUAAGCAAGUUAUGACAGAAGUGAAUAUAUUGAAAGCAUUAAAACAUCCGGGCAUUAUCCGAAUUGAAGAUGUGGUUGACUCACCGGAUACACUGUUCAUUGUCCUGGAAGUUGUAGAUGGAGGAGAGCUGUUUGACAAGGUUGUUAGUAUAGGACAGUACGAUGAACCAACUGCUAAACUGCUCUUCUACCAAAUGGUGUUAGCCUGCAAGUACCUUCAUGAUCAAGGAAUUACCCACCGAGAUUUAAAGCCAGAAAACAUACUUCUUGCCACAGACAGUAAUGAAACUUUAAUCAAAGUCACAGAUUUUGGAUUAUCAAAAUUUGUGGAUGCUGGAUCUAUCAUGAAAACAUUUUGUGGAACUCCAACAUAUCUAGCUCCGGAGAUUCUCCUAACGGCUGGCUCAGGAGCCUACACAAACAGCAUCGACUGUUGGAGUCUAGGUGUUAUACUCUUCAUAUGCCUGGCAGGUUAUCCUCCAUUCUCUGAUGAAAGAAAGGAUAUGGAUCUACCAAAACAAAUCACUGGAGCUCAUUACUCCUUUCCCAAACAGUACUGGGCAGGAAUCUCGGAAAAUGCUGUGGACUUAAUAAAAAAGAUGAUGACAGUGGACCCUAAGAAACGAAUAACAUUAGCCGAGGCCUUGAAUCACCCCUGGUUCAAGGAUGAAGAGAUGAAACAGAAAGCAAACAAAUUAUUAUAUCCUGAACAUGAGGGCAUGGCACCACCAUCCGCUCUGCCUUCACCACCGAAAAAACGUGUGGCAGAAAGUGGAGAAGAACCACCAGCGAAGAGGAAGAUAUCAACUGACACAGCCUCCCCACCGGACACUCCCACCUAACUUACACUGUAUCAUACAAAUACUAGACUACUAUUAACUGUAGUAUUGACACUGUAAACAUCUCACAGAGUGCAUUUUAGAUCAAACGUCUCAACAUUGAAUUGUUCUAGACGAUCAGUACCAAGCAUAUUUCACAUUACAGUAACAUGCCAAUACAACAUUUUGUUUGAUUUAAAAUUUAGAACCGAUACAAAAUUUUUGACUAUAGCUUUAAAAUGGCAAGAAAACAAUUUGUGUUUUUUGCCACGGAGCUUGCCAAGUGAGAAUGUUAUAGAUGAUAUUUUUCUGUCAGUAUCAACAUAACGUUAAACUUAGUUCAGUUUCUCAGAAGGUACAAGUACUGUAUAUAGUUUGGCUAUAGAAUUCAACAUAAUGUAAUAAUAAUGAUAUAUUAUUUGGAACAAGUCUGUAAUUUUUUUGUAUUUUAAUUUAAGCAAUUUAAAAUUUUAAUUUGAAGCUACAUGUAUUUAUUUUAUAAACCACUCCCUGAAAUUGUUCUGCAUUUAAUACCUUUGCAUUUAAUGUGAAUUUUGACUGUUAUCCUUACAAGUUUGUAUGUGUUGGCUAAGUUGUAAGAAAACGAAGUUACCUCAGUUUUACUUUCUGAUAAAUGAUAAUGUUCGAACCAACUUUUGUUAAUAUAUUGAGAUGCAGUAGUAGUAACUAUUUUGUUGGUUGUAUAUUUAAGGCAGAGGUUGUAAUCUAGUUAAAAGUAUUUUCGUACUUAUUUAAUACUUUAGGAUACUUUUUCCUGCAGAUUAAGUAAGCAAUAUAUGAUGUGUUUGUAUUUUCCUAGAUUAAUUCAAAACAAGUGUAUUGAAGUCUUGGUUAGGAAAACUAGCUAUACUAACCAACUGAUACUGAUAUAUGUUAUAAAAACAAGGUAGAAUAUUCUCACUGUAAACACUGAAGACAGUGAUAAUUGUAGUUUUAAAGGGUGGGCUGAUUCCCUUUUCCAAUGAGAAAUCUUUCAAAUAUUGAACAAGUUUUUUUCUAUAUACGGUAUGUUAUUGAAACAAGACCAUUUAUCUUCUAGGCAUUGUUGUGAUACACACUCACUUUAAAACUAUCAUGAUAUUUGAAAGAUAUUUGCCAUAACUGAUGUCAUUUUAUAAAAUUUAACCAUUUUUCAAAGUUGUUUGUAAUUUUGGUGGAAUUUUUGCUGUUAUUUUGAUGAUCACUUUGCUCAUUUAUUCCUGUCUCUUCUAUCAAACCAGCACACUUUACGAUAAGGCUUUUUACCCACUGUCAUUAUAUAAACACUCAAUACACCAGUAGUUAUGGGGAAUAUUGAAAACUGUGUUGAAUUAGACACAGAAAUUGAAAAAUGUGCAUGUUAUAUAACCAUGUCAUUUAUCAUUGGAAGCUAGCUUUGUGAGAACAAAUGUAGAUUAUUUAACUUUGAAAAUAUAGACGUUAAUUGUUGUAAAUCAUGUUUAAAUGUUGAUUGAGUAGGGUAAACAGAGGCUUUGAUUUAGUAUUUAGUAUUUACAAUUGAUAUGAUUGGUGAAAACGUAUGUAUUCAACAUGAAUCAUGUUACCUUUGUAUGUACUACCCAUUUGCUGCCAGUCCUAACUAAUGAGUGUUGACCAUGAAUACUAAAUGAAAGCAGUGUGGCGAUAUGUGCUUCAUCUUUUAAUUUUGUUGUUACAAUCAUAAGUCAUACCAUUAAAAUUCGUUCAAUGUUAGAACUAUAUUGCAUUCAGUACAACAAUAACAUAUUAAGUUUACGGCUAUUGUCAAUACAUGUACUACCAAACUGGUGUCUGGGCACAGCAGGAAUGUGUUUGGAUGUGGGGUGUGUUAAUGUGAGGUGGGGGAGGGGGUUGUAAAAAUCAUUACAUUUAGAAAACUCAGAUAAUUCAUCAGUGUGGCAUUAAGAAAUAAUUUAUGUCUAAGUGUAGUAUAAAAACUGACUCGGAAAAACUCUUAACGUGCUGUCCAUGUUGUGUAGGGAACCAUAUCGUCCUCUUAGUAUGAUACCUGACCUUGAGCAAUGUCCAAGGGUAACUGUUGCAUCCUCAGUCAGUCAUAUUAUCAUAUAAGUGUAGUGUAGUUUUAUUUUGCAGGACUUCAUGUCAAAUUAUCAAAUUUUUACUUCAAAGAGUCAGAAGUAUUUUCCCUGAUUCGUUUUCUUUGACCUCACUACAAGAUAAAACAUAUCUGAAUUGUCUAGAUAUGGUCAGUGUUGUUGUUAUUGUGAUAUUGUGGUUUGUUGCAUUUUUUUUACUUAGUAAUCUAGAGGCUUGUGUAAUGUGGCAUCAUACAAAUAUGAAUGUGGAAGACUAUACUGUAUAAAAUUGUAAGCAUUUCAAAUUUAAAUGGAACUUAGUACAACAUGUUCGUAGAUAUUUAAAACUUUUUAUCAAAAACCAACAUCCCCAUCUCGCCUCCAAGGAGGUGAAGGAGUAUCAUUUUCUUUACUUUAACAUUGUGUGAAUGAGUGCUGCCAUUGUGGAUAUGAGCUUAUGGAAUAGUUGAUGUGACAGCAUUCAUUUAAUGAAGUGACCCAAGGGUAUGAGAAUAUCUUACACCAGGAUAAGUGUGUCUAGCUGGGCUAGAUAAAAUAUUUCUUAUCAGCAGCAUGUAAAUAUUUAUUUUUAGUAAUGCAUUUAUAUUUACUUACUACAUACAUAGUUUUUAUUAGCAAAUUUUUAGGUGGAUUUUUUGUUGCAUUUUGUCUUUACUUUUAUAAAGUUUUAUAGAAUGCCCGUCAAAAUAUCAUGGGAGUAUUACAGUAUGGCGUCCAUCUUGUCCGGGUAAAUUUUUGGUUGUCUGGAGAUCUACGGGAGUAUAUUGUUCUGGCCAGCAGUACUCUGAUCAUCUAUAACCUAAAAUCACCAGGUACUGUCCAGGUAUUGUCCAGGUCACCAUUCUCAUUGAUGCACAGUUCAUUCACAGUACUAUCUGUGCAUGUUAGACAGUCUGAAAACUGACCAGACAUUUUCAUUCCAAACGCUUUUCAAUGCAUCAUGCUUUACUUUUCAAUGCAUCAUGCUUCACUUUUCAAUGCAUCAUGCUUCAAAUGGUUAUCAAUCAUUUUUAUAUGACUUAUAUACAUAUUGUGUGCAAUUACAUUGUAAGGCAUUUCUUACAUAUUAUUUUUUUUUCUAGUAACCGUACAUGCUCUUUAAAAUGUGCAAGGAUUCAAAGACUGUCUUUUAUAUAUCAAAACAUAUAUAUUACUAAAUUAACUCUAUCAAAGCUAUUAAGCUGUAAAUUGACAGAUUAAACAUGAUUACAUUCUGAAAUCUGCACCUGGAGCUUAUAUGUACAUUGUACUUUACAAAGGUAAAUUCUUGACAUGCACUGUCUGUGAUUUUUUAAACACUGCCAAAUAAAAUCUUUCAGAAUUGAUGGAAACGUUUUGGUAUAAAGUCAUGAUAAACCAGGUAGAAGGAAGUGGGUAUGAAUGGUGAAAAGGUUAAUGGUACUGUCCAUGAUUUUAUGAGGGUUUUCUUCACAUUGUUUGAUAUUUUUUAUUCUAAGAUUUACAUUAUUAACUCGUAGGUCUAUGCUGUACAUAUGUGUAUAAAUCAAAAUAGCUAUUUUGUUGAUCAACUCCACAUUAUUUAGAGUAAAUCUGAAACUACUCCAAUGGACAGUGAUCUGUAAUGUACAAUGUAUGAAGUGGGUACACAGAGUGGUCAACAUUCAAUUUCAAUUGAUGAACAAAGAUUUGUUUAUCAAAGAUAAGAAAAUCAGGAGUUGAAAACAUAUUCAAACAUGGCAAUUUCAUCAAAUCAUUGUCACAAGCUAAAGCUAUACACAAAGAAUGAGAGAAAUGUGUUUGAUGUACGUAGAUCAAGGUUGUAUAGAUUGCAUUUAUUGAGAAAUAAAAGGAAUUGAUUGAA